AUGUACUCCGCCAAACCAGCCAGCAAGUCUCCACGCCGUCUUAUGCGACCGCUAUCAGCAAACCUGGGUGUUGCCGUUUCGUAUGACAUGGUAGUGAUAGGGCACGGGGCGGGAGGGCAGUCAAAGUCCCACUUUUCGCGGACAGCUUCCGAUGUGAAAGCACGGAGUAAUAGCUCGAAGCAGCAGAAGAUCACAGUAUCGAGACCAAACACUUCACAGGGGAGUCUUAAAACCGUUGCUAGAACACCAUUACAACGACCUGCUCCUCGGCCACGAUCGACCAAUUUGGCCGUACGGCCGCUCUUGACCCAAAGCCUAGCACAUGAUAGAAUACGUGACAAAGCACAUGACAAUACGGUAGAGCCAAAACUCUCGUUACCAACAGCUAACGAUCUGAGGAUAGCAAGUCAGGUGCUCAAGCAAACCCCUCUUCUGCGGCCCAGCACAGCUACUACAAUUUCUGCUAUAAUGGCUAGCAGGACUUUGAGAGCACGGGGCAAAGUAGACCUAACGCCACAACUCACAACCAAGCAGAGUGUAAUUACUCCUAGCCCCACCGACACACCCGCAUGCUCGCCACUCCAUGCAUAUUGCAAUAUAGAGCCCUGCAGCAGUAUCCUCUCCACUUCUCCACCAUCAGCAACUGAAUCUAGAUGUGGUGCAGAUGCGCCGUCUUACAAGGGGAUAGAUGCUCUACUCCUGCAGUUGAAGAAGGAAGCUGUCACACCCACAGAGCUCCCAAGCUCACCUACGUCAGAGCUGCCAUUGACACACACCGUUUGCGGGGGUGUGUCAUCGGAAAACGUUAGGGCGGAGUUUAGAUUUACUGACGUGGGCAACUCAGUGGAUAGCUUGGGGGCUGAUCUGAUGUUAGUAGCAGAACAAACCAAGAGCGAUACUGUUACAGAUUCCAGCCUAAUUGAGAUUCAACGUGUCAACACACCACAAGCGCGUUGUAAAACGCCGAGAAGUGCAGCAAGAAGAUCUGUUAGCAAUCGCCUGCACCUUAUCAGGCAACCCGGCUCAACCAAGUCGGCAUCUGAUGAGACGCUGAUUAACACGGAGGAGGUAGAAAGUGGGUAUCAGCUCCUCCUUUUAGAGUGCCCAACCGACAUUGUAACUACUUUUCUGAUAGGGCUCGACUGGUUCCAUCGAGAAAAGUCUCUGGAGACCUUCAUAGUAACAAGAGGACUGGAUGUGUUGCCCCCAGUAUUCACCCUUGUUCAUAAGUCGCACUUCUAUACCUAUUCUGCAAUACUAAAGUACGACUUCCGGGUCUUCUGGUCGUGGCGGACCAAACUGGAUCGCGACUUUUAUAGCGCCUUGCACCCAGACCAGUUGGUUAACCACUUUCCAAAUAUCACCAAUAUAACGCGUAAGGACAUGCUUUGGAAGGGUUAUCAGCUCUUACGUACCUGCACGCCUGCCGCCUCCAAAGCUUUGCCGGAGACCUUUCUCUUGCCAGCAGACUACCCAAAGCUGAAGGCCUAUGUUGCCGGAAAAGGAGAGAUGCCCCCCAGCUUCAAUAGGGAUUCGCUCAUUUUCAUAGUAAAGCCUCUUGCUCUAUCACGGGGUCGCCAAAUACAGCUCUUCCGGGACCCAUCGGAAAUAGAAUACAGUGUCCCGUCCUUGGCCCAGAUUUACAUUACCAACGCCAUGCUGAUAAACCGACGCAAGGUCGACUUUCGCCUCUAUGUGGGCUUGUUCUUUAACGCUCAGGAACGCUCAUAUAGUGCGUUCUUGUUUAGAGAUGGUAUCGCACGCCUCUGUAGCAGAGAGUAUGAUAUAAAUAACAUCCAGUGCCUCCGUGCUCAUUUGACCAACACAAGUAUCAACGGUGAGCAUGAAACAGCCUUCUUGAAGGCACGGAUGCCGUACACAGACGCUCUAUCAAUUCUCUCUGUGACAUACAAUGUUGAUAAGGCCAUCAUGGAGGCCUUAAUCAAGAGAGUUAUCAUUAUCGGCAUACUAACUGGCAUAGUCGGCACUUCCAAUAUUGGAGGUAUGCAUCAGAUGGAGGCCUGCUUCGAGCUUUUGGGCGCCGAUAUAUUGCUGUCAUAUGAUGCAAAGACAAGGGCACCCCAUGCACACUUGCUGGAGUUUAAUGCCAGCCCGUCUUUGGCCAUUAACUGCCCUCUUGACAAGGAAGUCAAGCCCAAAAUAGUCUCUGCCAUGCUCUCGCUCGCCGUAGCCAACGCUAGUGGCUUCCUUUCAGAAUUUGCAGAGGUUAUCAAGGAGCAAGUUGACCCACUAAUUCCAAGCAAGCAAUAUGAAGUGCUACGGACAUCCAUCAAAAGGGGGUCAGCUUCUGGUCUCAUAAUUUAA